CGUACAAGUGUAAAGGUAGACAUUGUCAUUAAAAUAGUGUUAAACAUUGUAUAUAACUAUUGAAUUUGUGUAAAAAUUACUUAAAUAUUAACAAUAAUUGUGUUUUACAACAUUUUAUUAUGUUUUUAUCGAUAUUGUGAUUGUGUGACAGACAUAAAUGUGUUGUUAAUAUUUGUCAAAGGACGCAUUCAAGUUCUAUAACGAAGCCAUAUUUACUAUGGAAGAUGUUAUCUAGUGAAUCAACGAUAUAAAUUUGUAUUUUUAACUGAUUGCUGUUUAAUAAAAGUACUGUGGAAGUUCCUGAUUAAACAGCAAUUACUGUAGAGCAGCAAGCACAGCUGAGUAAUCAAAUUUACUCUUUUCUAAAAAUGAAAACAAAGAAAAUUGUACUUUGACAUAGAAUUACGUAAAAAAAAACAGUUGGAAACCAAAAUCUAAAAAUACGUAUUAUAAUAAAAAUCUAAGAAAACAACCAAGUUAUCUAUGUUUUGUAAAGAGGAAAAUAUCAGCUAAGUGCUGUAGAUGGAUCCCGUUGGGCCGUGGUCGGCUUAUGCCUCAUAUAAUCGGCUAGCGGGAGUACAAGCCAGCGCCUCAAGUGGAGAUUUUCAUCACCAUCAUGGCGCUGGGCAUAGUGCUGGAGGCGGUGUCCCAUCAACAACGUCACAGCUUUUGUUACAAGCUGCACAUACAACAGCAUCGUUAGCAUCAUCAACAGCAUCUCCAUUUAAUCCAGGAAGUUUUCUAUCACCGCCUCCAGUUGCAUACGAUGCUGUUUUCAGUCCAUUAUUUCAUCAUGCAAAUCCAAAACCUGCACACUAUGUAAGUCAACAUAGACAAGCCGCUGCAUUACAAGCAGCUGCAUCGAAACAAUCGUCAGAUAAUGAAUCACAUUAUGGAUCACAUCACCAAGCACCACCAGGACCACAAGGUUUCUUUGAACAAGGUGCAUCAGCCGCAGCAGCUAGUGCCGCCGCAUGGCAACAAAACAGUCCAUUUGGCAUACUCCCACACGAAAGUGUACCAAACUCACCAGGUGGUCCUGUACCAGCUACGACAAAGAGUUCAUAUGAGAAUUUUAAUGCACAUUUUGCUGCUGCUCAAAGUUUAAAUCAUUUGAAUUCUCAAUUAGCUGCUGUUAGCGCAAAAACAAGUAGAUCUCAAAGUCCACAAGUGAGUGCACCAAAUCAACAAUCGAAGCAAUCAUCAAACGCAAGUUCAUUUUUUCAAGUUCCAACAACAUUUGUUGGUGAUUCUCCACUUUCUAGCUCAUCGUCAUUUAGUACUAGCAGCAGUAAAGGUACAUCGCAACAAGACACCUAUAAUUCAAAUUCAAAUACCGCAACAAGUAACAACAAUAGUAAGUCAUUUCAAAGUAACUCAGUAUCCUCAGUAUCCCAACAAUCAUGUAUCGUAUCCUCACCCUCACCAUCCUCACAUAAUACAUCUGUUGUAUCGAAAGAGUAUCGUAUCCCCCAAGCCCCUGUCCGUUCCACCUUAUUCCCAAAUCGUAGUGAAAAGGCUGCGAACCGCCAACAACAAGUUAUCGCUAAUGCUGCCGCAAAUCAUCAAUCUUCAUCGUUUGCUGCGCCACCGCCCGCAAAACCACAGCCGCCUCCUGCCCCCUCUACGCAACAAAUACAAACAAAGGCACAAACAAAAAUAUAUCCAGAGCUUGCAAAUCAAACUGAACGUUCACAACGUCAACAAUCAUCUUCAUCAUCGAAUGCAGCAGUUGGAGCUUCAUCAUCGUCAACCAGUCCAAGCCAAUCGUCUCCAAUAAGUUUUAGUAUAAUGGAUGCACCAGGUCGGCCUCAUUAUGCUGGUUCAAAUAGUUCAGCCACUAAAAGUGGACGAAGUACAACUGGUUCAUCAUCCUCAUAUCAACUUGGUGCUAAUAGUGGUGGAACAUAUAGACAUUAUCAACCAGGUGCUAAUCCUGCAACAGAUAAUGAUUAUCAUCAUAGAAGUGGUGGUAAGCAAGCUAGUACAUCUGAAUAUACCCAAAGUAAUGGUCCUACUGAUUGUGGUGUUGUGGUACCAAGAAGGCCGAGUCCAUUACAAGCACACUCGCAAGCCUCUCCUCUAGGUCAUGUCCCAAGCCCAGCGUAUCCAAUGUAUAAUAGUCCAUUAAACUCAAUAUCCUCACCGCAACAACAAGUCGCACCACCUUCCCCACUCGAUGUAUCCGUCCCACGUCCAACAAAUUCAACCGGUGGUGGCGGCGUGGCCUAUCCGUCAGUAAUAACAAGAGCUCAACAACCGACACAACAAAAUUGUUGGGAAGAUCGAUCAUCCCAACAACAUUCACGUACUACAAAUAAUAAAUAUCAACAGUCCAGUACGGCAUCGUCAUCAAGUACUGGUGGGUCAGCUUCGACGGGUACUGGUGGGUCUUCAUCUUCAACAUCGUAUAAUUCAAUUGAAAUACCAAGUAGACAAAUUGAAUUAGCAACAAAUUCAACAACAAAUCCACGUGCUGUACUUGGUAUUUCCGAACGACAGCAAGCAUACUUUGAUUCAAAUACGUCACAUCAAGUGACAUUACAAGAUUUAUCGAGUUGUCGUGGUGAUCCAAUGACAAUCGUUAAAAAUUUACAAACAUUACAACAACAACAACAACAAGCAGCACAACAAGCUCAACAAGCGCAACAACAAGCUGCUGCAGCGGUUGCAGCACAGCAAGCUGCUGCUGCAGCUGCAGCCGCUGCAGUCGUCGCACAACAACAACAAAAUGUAAAUAAUAGUUGUCAAGUACAACAAGACAUUGUUAAAAUUGAGGCAAAAAGCACUGGAGGAGGAGGGGGAGGAGGCGGCGGUGGUAAUAGUACUGCGGGGGGCAAUAAAAGGCGAAAAAGUAACGAUAAAGGUGGUGGGCAUAGUACAUCGACAUCAUCAACGUCAUCGUCGUCGGCAUCAGCGAUUUCUGAUUUAACGGGUGCAGCAAUGGCUGAAUAUUUCACUUCCCGAAUACCACCACCAGCACAUAGUUCUGGCGCUACGACGUCAAAUCAUCAUCAACAUCAACAACACCAUCAUCAUCAUCAAAAUGGUGGUGCUACCAGUUAUUUUGAUUUUGAAAGAUGGAAUUUACCACCCCCACCACCUAAAAUGUUUUCAGGCUCAGCAUCUGCGGCAGCCUUUAGUGCUGCACAACAAAUGCAACAUCAACACCAAUCUUUAAUGGUUCCACAUCAUCAUCCUGCUGCACCACCUCCCAUACCAUUUUAUCCAGCAUUUCACUUAGCAGCGGCGCAAGCCGCUACACCCUCAUCCUCACAUCAUGAAUACUCAUCAUCAACAGACUUAACGCCAUUAACGUCAUCAUCUUCAUCUGCAUCCAAUGCUUAUCACCAAGAAUCAUCAAAUCAUCUCCAUAAUAAUAGUCAUAAUCAAUAUUCCACGAAUCCUUCAUCGAAUCCUAACCCUCCUGAAGAACAACCUAAGGUGGUCGUACCAAAUAUAGAAGAGGAAUUGAAUUUCCUUUCAGAAACAAAUCGAACUAAUCAAACAGUACAUCAACAUGCGCAUGCUCAACCACACCAACAACCUGGUGCUGCAACAGCCGCCGCCGCCUCACAUCAUCAUCCCCCGCAACCUCCUCAUCAACAGCAUCAUCAGCCACCAGUUAAUCCAAUUGUGAAUAAAUUAGCCGAAAAGAAGAUUACUGGACCUGGUUCUGGUUUUAUGAAUAGCUACCUUAAGUUUUUACAAGGUGAACGUGAUAGUUCACCACCACCAGCUGGUACACGUGGUGGACGUAAAGCAUCAUGGCAACGAAAACCUGAUCAACCAAAUGGUACUGGUGGUAUGAUGACUGGAACACCAGGAGCAACUGGAACAACGGCCACUCCUAGUGUUGUGGUACCGCCACCACCUCCACCACCAGUACCAAUUGCUCCAGUUGUACGACUUAGUAGUCAAGGUGAUCCACAAGAUGAUCCACGUUACUUCCCUUUACCGAAAGAACGUAAACAUCGUCUAGAUAGUUCUGAUGAUGGUUUUGAUAGUUCUGAUGAUGAUUUACCUGGGUUUCGACCGAAAUCAUCACAAUCGUCACAAUCAGAUAGUCGUCAAUCGUCGAAUAAAUUAAAUUCUGAUAGUGCCAUGAAUGCAUUAUCAAGUGGUCGUAAAGGACGUCCACCAAAACCAGGUGGCCCAUCUGAACGUAAACGUGCUAAACAGUCUGAACAAACACGUGGAAGUGGUGCGCAGAAAUCGGCUGGAGCUGGAAAUACUGGAAAUCGCAGUAAUUCUGAAGAAGCUGUAGAAGAUCCUUUGCAAUUACCACCACGUCGAGAAACUUCACGUCGUGCUGCUAAAGAGAAAAGCAAUAUACAACAGUUAAUUGCUAAGCAAGCGCAGGCAACAGUUGCUGGUGAUGCAGAUGAUCCUGAUGAACCGGUUGAGUUUGUUGAUUCAGAUUCAGAUCCAGCUUGGACUCCUGUGAAGGAAGGAGCAGAUGAUGAUGAAAUGAGCAUGUUGUCUGGACGACGAAAAGUGAAACGUCAACGAUCAUCUUCUAGUCGGAAACGAAAUUCACGUAAUCUUAUAUCGGCAGCUGCACAAGGAGCUGGUUUGGACUUUGAUGGAUAUUCAAGCAGUGAUAGUAUAGGAACAAUGGCUAAAAAAAGACAGCAGGCUAGUGCUGUUGCAAACAAAACAACAACUCCAAAACAAUCGGUGCCACCCACAUUAGAAGAUAAUAUAGCCGCAUCAGUUACCUCACAAAGUAGUAAUUCCUCAACAUCCGCCGCAGCGACAACUGUACCUACAAACUCCACUGAAGAAAUGCCUUUUAAGUCGGGUGAAUUUGUUGUGAUUAAAUCAGAAUUAAGUGAAGAAUGGCCAGCUAUUUGGCGUGUGGAUGGCAAAACAUUGUUACAAAAAUAUGAACCAUUUGACCAAAAUGGGCAAACAUUGUACAGAAAUAUUUCUACAUAUACAUCAUGGACGGCUGAAAACAAGAAAUUGUACAUUCCAGUUCCCGUACGUUUUCGUGCUCAAAAUCAACUUGAGACUAUUGUUGAAUUCUUACGUAAAGAAUUAACAAUCGUUGACACAGAAUAUAUUGAACGUGCUAUGAAGGAGGCUGAAGUAUAUCAAGAUAAUUUCGAAGUCUACAUACAAACGUUAAUAUCACAAGCAUUAGAUAGUAAUUUUCUUACUGAAAUAUUUCAAGAGCAAGAUGAAUAUUUCUUAUCAAAUGUUAAAACUGUGGAUGAUAUAACUGAAGAUCGUAAACGAAAAUUACUAUCGAUCACAAGAUGGCCGUCUAGUGUACAAGCAUCAGUUAGUACGUGGCCAUGUUUGAAUGUAUUAAGUGAAUUGACUGCUAGCGAAACGGAAGGACGUUUGUGUGCUGCUUGUCAACAACCACGUGUAUCAUUACGGAUAUUACUUUAUGGACAACCAUACAAUGCGACCACAUUAGAUGGCUGCCAACCCGAUCCAAGACAACAAUUAGAAAAAGAUUUCUUAAUGUGUCGAGUAUGUUGUGAUCGAGUACAGUUACUAAAUCGUGUUGCACAUCAAAAGUAUCGUAUGUAUGUAGAGUGUGCAAAACGUGUAGCUGAGAAACGAUCACUUGAUCCACAUAAGGAUACAACAAUUAUAUUAAAUGAAUUGUUGGCAGAUGAAUCAUGGCUAUCUCAGUUGUUCCAAGAAGUAAGGAUGUCAUGGGCUGAAAUUGAUAGUUUAGAGCUACAAUCUCGAAAUCCAACAACUGGGGGGACCAAUACGCAGGCCUAAAUCAUUAAACACCAACAAAUAAAAACUACCUAUUAAUAAACACAGACUAUUAUUAAUUAAUUGUUUUAAAAAAAUCUCAUAUUAUACAAAUUAUCGUAAAUACAGCUAAGAAAAAGGCACAAAUUAUUAAUUUAAAACCAUUUACAAUAGACAUUUUUUGUGCAAGGUAUAUGAACAUUUUUAAAUAUACGAUCGAUUUUGUCACUGUGAACAGUGGGACAUUCACUGAUCCAUUUUUGAUCAAAAUAUUGUGUAUAUUAAUUAAUUAAAAUUCAUUAAUUACAUGGGUUAUGUUUACAAUACACAUCGAUGUUAAAUUAAAUAUGCCAAGAGUGUAAACAAUAACUGUAAAACAACUUGAGAUGGAAUUUUUAUAUUGAGGAUUUCAUGGAUUUGGACAUCAUCAGAUUCAUAUCUUACCAUUCAUUGGUAACGUUGUACCUGAAAAAUAUACGAUGUAAAAUCCAAAUCUUGUAUUAAAUUUCGUUGUUUCGUUUCAUUUAUUGUGUUGGAGGAACCGAUAACAAGUAACUUAAUUCAACUCGGAUUGAUAUUGUAAACACUCAAGGUAUAUUCCUAAGAAUUCU